CGUUAAAAAUACUUUUGAAAAACAAAUUCUUUUUUUUUUGCGAUUAAAAAAUCUUAUUUUUGUGAUUAAUACAAUUUUUAUUUUAAAAAUAUAAUAUAAUUCGAUAAUAUUUUAUUUCUUUUUCUAAAAGAUACUGAAUCUAAAAUGACACAAUUCUAUUGGUUGGUGAACAUACAUGUUCAUUUAGGGGGUGAAUCCAAGAAUAAUUCCUAUUUGAAACUGUUUUUUAUUAGCUUUGUCCAAAAAAACUGUUUUUUUAUUAGCCAAAGAGAAUGUGAUCGAUCUUGGAAAGCGUAACUCUAUUCAGUUUAAAGAACUUCCAAUUUUCUCAUUGUGAAACUAAUUUUCUUCUUCUCAGCUCAAAUCCAUUUUAUUAUAUCCUUUUAUGCCUAUAAUCGUACUUCAACUAUGAUCACCACAAGAUAUAUUCCUUAACAACACAAGAACUAAUAAAUCGAUGGCUAUUAAAAAAACUCUUUAAAAGAAAAACUAAUCUUACGGUAAAAGGUAAUUUCUCUUUAUGAGUUAUUUUUAGAAUGAACGAGGGACAUUGAUGAUUUAUAAAGAAGUACUUGUGAUCUUUCUGUUACAUGUUAGAGACUACAAUGUUUCUUUGAAGACUACAAUGUUACUUUGAACAAAACAAAAGAACGAUACUUCGAAUGAUGUACGUUCGAUUCUUGCUUUUCCACAUGUUACAUACAUGUUAUCAUAAGAAAUUACAAGUAAGGAAUGAUCUACAUUUUCCGCACAAUAAAAUAGAACUGUAUCAUUUCGCAAGGGUCUCAAUUCAAUUAAGUACCCAAAAAAAGGAUUAGCUCAGUUCAAAAAAGUCUCAAACUAAUUAAAGAGAAAACCAAAGAAGUAUCAAAUGUAUCAAAUUAUUAAAAGGAAGUUUUAUUUUUUCAUAAAUGCUAGUCCUGGUCAAAGAUCUUUAAAGGCAAGGGUAUAUGUUGUUAAGGGAUAAUGCAUAUGUUAAGUUGCUAAAUCACGAUAAAUCUGCUUAUAAGACUUUAUCUUCUUUCUAUUUUUAGCUUUACAUAGACUAAGACCAUAAAUCUCUCCUUCAAGAUCUCUUCUUACUAAACCUUUCCAGUUUUUUUUUUCAAGAUUUGUAUGCCUUAACGUAGCAUUAAAAGGAAAAAAAAAAAGAGAAAGAAGUUCCAUAAAAAUAUAUUGAACCAAGGAAAUUUCAAAAACAAAAGGUGAGUGAUCUCGAAACCCUAUGUUUGUUCUUUGGAGUCCUACGAGAAACAUGCAGUUUCCGUUAAUCCGCAAUACACUUUUUCAUCUUUAUCUAUGCAUAUGUUUUGUUUUGUCUCCACAAACAUGUCUAAUUGGUUUCUCUUUUUACUUAAAUAUUUCAAAACUUUCAAUUUUUUUUGUGGGGGAUAAAAUAAACUUUGCUCUCCAAAAAAAUCAUUUUUAAGAGUCUAUAAGUUAAAAAAAGCCUUGUGUUACUUAGUCUGAUCUUGUUUGUCUCUUUCUUGUCUGAAAAGCUUUGAGACUGUUUUCAUAUUGUUUAAAAUCUAUAAGUAGCUUUGGCUUAUUGUUCUUUUGUAAAGGACACACAGAAGAAUAAAUUCGAAGACAAAAAGAGAGAUAGAUGGAAAGUAAUGGUGGAGCAGGAGAAGUAAGAAGAGUGAGAUUAGUUUAUUUCCUCAGCCGUUCCGGUCAUGUUGACCAGCCUCAUCUUUUGUCUGUUCAUCAUAUCUCUCGUAAUGGUGUCUUCCUUCGAGAUGUGAAGCGAUGGCUAGCGGGUGUACGAGGCGAUGCAAUGCCUGACGCAUAUUCUUGGUCGUGUAAGAGGAGAUAUAAGAACGGAUAUGUAUGGCAAGAUUUAUCGGAUGAUGAUCUUAUUACACCAAUCUCCGACAAUGAAUAUGUUCUAAAAGGAUCUGAGAUUCUUCUAAAACCUCCAAAGGAGGAUUCUCCUCAUGCGGCAAAGAAAGCUUGGGAGACAAGAAACGAUGGAAUAUCGGCUAAGACGAUCCACAAAGAAUCUCCGGUCUUCUGCUCUCAGAGAUCGACGGCUACAACGUCGACAGUCACUGAUGAAUCCACCACGAACGUAGAAGACGUGGUCGUUCUCAAGAAACCAGACAGGGAAAAAGUAUCCGGUGAAAGACACGUUUCGACGGGAAACGGGUCGGGUAACGUUAUAGAGUCGGGUCGACCCAGUGUAUCGUCCUCGACGUCGUCGUCUUCGAGUUUUAUUAAGAGUAAGAGCUAUUCGAGCUUGCGUGCCUCCCAUGUGCUAAGGAACUUGAUGAAGUGUGGUGGUAUGGACACAAACGAUGUCGUUUUGGUGCCUUUGAAUAAGUCUGCGUCUGGGGCUUUUGGUGCGGCUUGGGAAGAUGAACGCAGAUUCCAAUACCACCAACAGCAGAAUGCUCGGAAAAGCUUAGAAGGGGCAUGGAGUGGCAUAAAGAUGAAAGAGACAAUUGAGUUAUGUAAACCAAAGGUGGCUUCAAGCAAGCCUACUAUGGCUCCAUUAUGCUCGCAAUGUGGGAAGUCAUUCAAACCGGAGAAAAUGCAUUCACACAUGAAAUUGUGUCCAAAGAUGAAAAUUCCAUCAGCGAGGACUGAUUUGAUGAUGGGAAAUAAUGUCGUUAAACCGAGGCAUCAACGGUGCAGAAACAUUCAGGGAAAUCCAUCAGGACAUCCACGUCUAGUCAGGACUAUUCUGAAAGAAUGAUGCUGUUUAGUUAUUGUUGAUUUUCUAGUUUAGCGAAUUUUUGUUUGAUGAAGCGCAAACCUUGUUAAAAAAUCAGGAGGUAUUUGGUCACCAUACACUGGAUUUGGAUAAUCUAAUUGAAUAUUUUAGUAA